AUGCGCCGAGGUCCAUACCAAAAAUAUUUUGAUCGUUUUGGCAAGUGUGCAAUGCCUCGUUCAACUUUCUACCUUAGAAAAAAACAACGAUCUAAGAUUAAAGAGAAACAUGAAAUGGAAAAAACUUUAGUCGCAGAAAUGAGAAAUCAUAAUAGCAACAGUCCCAAGUAUCAUUUGGACAUUAUUCAUGAUGCCCAGCAAUUAAGUCAUGAGCAAAAUGUUGAAAUUAUUGAUAUAAAUUCAAGCACUGAUAACACAAAUGGCAAAGUAUACGGACUUGAUUCAAAUUUGUGGCUUCGGGAUGAAUUAGAUGAACAUGAAACUACUAGACACUCAUGGUUUGAUGAUGAUUAUAAUGAGCAACUUAACGAGGAAGAAGUUUGGUUUGAGGCUGAAGAACGCUUGGACGAGCCUUUUUAUGAGUCAACUUCGAAUGAUUUUCAUCAGCAGGUAUUUUAA